AUUUUCGUAUCAUCGAUGCGAGUUGAAUACAGCUUAAAGUCGCCUUGUCGAUGAUCGACAGGACGACAAACAACAUCGAUGACCUAUUUAUUAUCGAUCAAGUUGAGUGCGCGAGAACGUGAGAUUCAACUGUAAAAUCAUCGUGUCGUUUGUGAUCUUCGCUCGAGUAUUAAGUAACUAAUACCAGACACAACCUCGAGGAGGGUGAUAAAAAGCUAAUAAGCGUAUUUGCCGUGAUUACAUGUGCUGUGUGCAGCGCCGCGAGAGGGAGAGAGAGAGACCAUUAGCGCAAAUACACACGCUUCCUCCACCUUUCUCCGUUAAGAGCCAGCUAGACUGGGUAUAUCCUACAAACUCAUGCAGUCGAAUAACUAAUGCGAGUGUUUAAUGAAAAAAAAAACCUGGCCAAGCGCGAUUCGCGUCGGGGAUCUAAAAACUCGCGGGAGUAAAGUGAGCGUGCGGUUGCAUGGAGUGGGUAGAGGUAUAAUAUAGUCCGCUACCAAAACCUCCGAUAUCGCAUUUACUACUUACUGCUAUAGUCGAGAGGUGUGUACAAAUUCGUGACUCGUUUGCUCCGGACAAUCGCAAUAACUGGUGCUUCUGCUCAACAUAGUCGGACACUCGUAGUGUCAGCAAACAGUGCGCAUCAACCAUUUCAACCCAUUCUCGCCGUUUGCCGAGUAAAUCGGUCAAAAGUCAGGACGCGAACAAAGUAUCGCGUGCCAGGCAGCGGUGCGGAAGCCGACGAGUCGAGGAGAAAGAAAAGAAGAGGAAACCGGUUGAUCGAAGCCGCAGUGCCGCGUUAGCUACCUAUACUAAACGGCGCAUAGAGAAAAUUUGCCAUCGACUCGAUCCACCGCGGAGAGAAAAGUCGUGCGAGCGCCGGGUCGCUCCGGGAAAUGUAGUGGCCUGCGCAUAGGAACAUCAUCAUGUCGGUCAUUAUUACGAGGCAAUUUUCCGUGGUCGUCGUCGUCGCCGCGCUCGUGUCCGUGUGGGCGAUAUCGAGCGUCGACGCGGCCAGGCGUGACUUCGUCGCCGUGCUCGAGAACAUCGGCAUCGACGAGAAGCUGCUGCUGGUCCAGCCGGUCUCGCUCAUCCAGCGGGGCGUCGAGCAGUCGGACCUGACCACGCAGUACAUCAACCAGACCUGCCUCAGGGAUUUUCGCCACUACGAAAAGGCCCUCGCGCGCAGAGAAUCAUGGGCCAUCAGAAUGCUGGACGCAUCGUCGAAAGACAUGUCGGGCCUACUGAAGGGCAACGUUAUGGACAUCGGCAUGUACGACGAGUGCGUCGAGGUCGACAGCGGCGUCGACGUUAACGGCCUGAGGAUCCAGGGUCGCCACUGCAUGUACUUCGUCGAGCCGGUCCAGAUGGGCGACGUGAGAUUCCCCCUCGAGCCGCGGAUGUCCAUCUGCGUGCCGGCGACCUGCGGAGCCGACGACGUCGUGGCUAUCCUCAACGGCACCAUCAGCGCCAGCGACGAUCUCCGAAAUCUCGGCGUCAUGAUCAACAGCGCCAGCUGCAGCGGAACGAGUACCGUCAAGAAAUCCGACACGGAGCUCAUCGCUGUCCUAGUCCUCGGAGCUGUAUACGUCGGCUUUUUGUUGCUGUGCACUUUAUGCGGUUGCUUGUACGAUAGUCAAGCGCCCGAGGAACAACAGCCUGGACUGCUGCAGACUCUCUCGAAAUUUUCUUACGUAACCAACGGCAAAGCCCUUCUGAGCACGGAACAAAAAUCAAACGAUUUCGCUUUCAUUCAUGGCCUGCGUUUCAUUAGUUCAGCUUGGGUCGUUCUCGUGCACGAGUACCUUUUCGUACUGCUCGCUCCGAUCAAUAAUCUCACCGAUUUGUCAGACUGGUUCCCGUCUUGGAAGUCUCUCGUUUGUUUCGUCGGUAUUUACAAUGUAGAUACGUUUUUUACUCUCAGCGGUUUUCUCAUGACCUAUUCAGUCAUGAAAAAAUUGCAAAAAAAUCAAGCCUUCAACGUGCCAAUGUACUAUCUACAUCGAUUUAUAAGGUUGACGCCGCCGGUACUGGUAGCUCUGGUGGCGGGAGUGGUGAUAUUUCCGAGAAUCCAUUCGGGUGCAAUGAUGGACUGGCUGCAGACCAUUUUCAUGAGCCACUGCCGAGAAAAGUGGUGGGCCAUCGUGUUCUACGUUCAAAAUUUCGUCGAUCCCAAUAACUUUUGCCUACUUCACUUGUGGUCCAACUGCGUCGAUAUGCAAUUAUUCUGGAUCUCUCCGUUAAUUCUCUACCCGCUGUACAAAAUGCCUAAAUUAGGACUUUUAAUAAUCGCCGCCUUAUUCUCCAUAAGCACUGGACUGGUUGCGGCUGUAAUCGGAUUAAAUAACUACUCCAUUAUACACGUGUCGCACGAACCCAAUAUUGCCUUCAUUAUGGAAUCUUUCAAGGAUCUGUACAUACCUACCUAUACACGGGCAACUCCAUGGCUGCUCGGCAUUUUACUAGGCUACGAGGUGGCCACAAAUAAUUGGAAGCCUGGCAAGCUGACUUUCAUCACUGGCUGGUUAAUGGCCAUUUUUUCCUUCGGAUACGUUAUUGUUGGUACUCGCACGCUCACCGACGCCAACUACAAUUACGACGUCGUUUGGGAGAUGACUUUCGCGGCGAUGGCCAGGCCACUUUGGGGCUUCGCGAUAUGCUGGAUAAUUUACGCUUCCAUUCACAAUGCAGCGGGUAUCGUUUGCAAGUUCCUAUCGUGUAGAUAUUUCCUUCCGCUAAGUAGAUUAUCGUAUAGCAUAUACAUUAUUCACGUUUUGGUACCGUUUCUUCGACUUGGAUUGACGAGGACCAAUGUGAACUUCAAUGAUUUAGUAAUUUUUCACAAUUAUCUGGGAGACAUGGCGGUAGUGAUCUUCGUUGCUUUCUUCUUCAGUUUGACAUUCGAAGUGCCAAUAUUAGUUUUAGAAGAUAUGAUUUUUGGCACAAAAACUAAAUCGCAUCGUAGUAUCGAAGAAAAGAAAGCUGAAGAGGCAGCUAGUAGUGAGAAAAAAAUGCUCCUAACAGCAUGGCUGCUGUUAUUGUGCGUGACCAGUUCGGUGAUCGGUUAUUUAACAUCUGACCGCAGAAAUUAUCAGCAAAUACUUUUAAGCGAUCACGUCGAGGAGAGAAUACAUCUACUUUCACCAAGUAAUUUAUUAGCUAAUCGAAAGUGCGAUGGUUCUGAUACGUUGAAUAACUCUUGUAGCCGAGAUUUGGACUUUUUGAAACGGGACUUGACAAAACGCAAAGAAUGGGCUUUAAAAAUGAUGGAUUCGUCAUCGAAACCUCAAUCUGGAUUUUUGAAUGGGUUUUUGAUAAAUAUUGGCAGUUACGACCAGUGUGUUUCUAUUCAUGAAAAUUUGUCGGGCACCGAAAUCAGAGGUCGACAUUGCAUGUAUUCGGUCAACCCUACGACACUCAAAAAGCCAUUUCCCUACAAUCCAAUAAUAUCGAUUUGCUUACCUGCGAGUUGUAAUUCUGAAGAUGUUGCUGAGCUCGUGAAUGCAACAGCCGAUCAAAUUGAAUUGCUAAAGAUCGUCGAAUUAGAAUGGGUUUUUUGCUCUCCACUCGAUUCGGAAAAAUCAGACGACAGUGCACGUUUCAUAAUUUUGUUUUUAAUAGCUUUGUAUGUAUUUUUUCUUGGAGUUUGUACAGUUUGCCACAUGUACCGAAAAAUAUUAUUCAGCCCAGAAACAAUUAACUCCAAAUCAUUUCAAAGCAUGUGCAAUCUUUCUUUUGCAAAAAGUAAUAGAAUCAUUUUCAAUACAAAGGCAGAUGAAAGUCAUCUAUCUAUUAUAAAUGGAAUACGAGUGAUUAGUACAGCUUGGAUCGUACUUUCUCACGAGUACAUUUUUGAUUUGUUUCAAGUCAACAUUAACAUGUUAGAUUUACUACAGUUUUACGCUUCAUGGAAAUCGUUGAUACCACUGAUAGGUAUUUUUUCAGUUGAUACAUUCUUAGCAAUGAGUGGCUUUCUGAUGACCUAUACGUUUUUCAAGAAAAUGAACAGAAAAGCUAAUUUUUCAAUUUAUCAGUACUACAUACACCGAUACAUCAGAUUGACCGCGCCAGUUGCAGUCGUACUCGCUAUAAUGAUGUACGUGUAUCCGUCCAUUGGAUCUGGUCCUCGUUGGGAUUGGUUCCUCAGUAUUUUCGUAAUGGGCAUUAAGGAAAAAUGGUGGUCGAUCCUGUUGUACCUUCAAAAUUAUAUCGACACAGAAAAUUUAUGCGUCUUACAUCUCUGGUCGUUGGCCGUAGACAUGCAAUUAUACUGGAUAUCCCCAUUAAUUCUCUACCCUCUGUAUCGAAGGCCCAAAUUAGGCAUAACAAUUGCCUUGGCUCUGUGCGUGGCGUCGAUUGUCGCCUCUGGUGUAAUCGUUGCAAUGAACCAGUAUCCAGCCAUUUAUGCUACUCACGAGCCCAACAUGGAAUUAAUCAUGAGGGAAUUUAGAGAUGUUUACAUAACGACUCACACCCGAGCAUCGCCAUGGUGCAUUGGCAUUAUAUUCGGCUACGCCGUCGUAACGAAAACCAAAAGGCCUUCCAAGGCAGUGAUGUGGUGCGGGUGGCUCGCAACAAUAUCGGCGCUAAUCUUCUGUCUCUACAGCAGCAGAUAUUUCACCGACACGAAUUACGUUUACGAUAUCGUACGGGAAGUGAUAUUUGCCAGUUUAGCCAGGCCUGCCUGGGCCUUCGCUGUCUGCUGGCUCGUUUAUGCAAGUGCCCAUGAUUGCGCAGGACCCAUCACGAAUAUUUUGUCCUGGAAGUUUUUUCAACCUCUUAGUCGAUUAUCAUACUGUAUAUAUUUAGUGCACGUAGCAUUUCCACUGGCAAGAGCAAGUACAACUCGAACGCCGACGUUUUUUCACGAUUACGUAACAUGGCAGUCUUGCAUCUGCGACUUAUUUUUAUCAGUAGUGAUGGCUUGGGGCGUGAGCAUUACAUUCGAGGUGCCAAUACUAGCCCUAGAAGUUAUGAUCAUCAAUCUCAAAGCGGCGCGAAGCCGCGAACGUAAGGACGAAUGAGCACCACAGUGACAUCACCAAAUAAAUUUCUGCAUUUAAUGAUAGUACAAUGUAGUGACACAAAAUAUGCUCGUUCGGGUCGUAAAAAUUCAAACGCUUUUUUACAAGACGACAGGUGUGCAAAAAAAAACUCGCUUAGAAUUGAGUUUUUGACUUAUGAAUAUUUAAAACCGAUUGACCGACGAGACAAUUUUGAGGUAUAUUGUUACUUUUGAUGUUUGAAAGAUAACUUUGCAAUAAAAUUGUAACAUAGAUGUUAGAGAAUAA